UUAAGGGCGGACCUCAGCGGUUUGAAAGAUCCGCGCGCGGGGCAAGAGCGGAGGUUCUUUGCGUGACUGGGAUGUCGGUGUUGCGGCCACUGGACAAGCAGCCUGGCCUGAACACGGCCACCAUCUUGCUGGUGGGCACGGAAGAUGCUCUUCUGCAGCAGCUGGCCGACUCGAUGCUCAAGGAGGACUGCGCCUCGGAGCUGAAGGUUUUCUCAUUUUUCAGCCACCUGGCAAGGUCCCUCCCUCUGCCCUCCAACGUGAAUCGGCCCCGAAUUGACCUGAUCAUGUUCGUGGUCAACCUUCACAGCAAAUACAGCCUCCGGAACGUGGAGGAGUCCCUGCGCCAUGUGGACGCCACCUUCUUCCUGGGGAAGGUGGGCUUCCUUGCCACGGGCGCUGGCCGGGAGAGCCACUGCAGCGUUCACCGGAGCACCGUUGUGAGGCUGGCCCGCACCUACCGGAGCCCCCUGCUCUUCUGUGACCCAGAGGUGGACGGCUUCCGAGCCCCGGUCGCACAGCGGCUGGUGCGAAUGCUGCAAAUCUGUGCUGGCCACGUACCUGGUGUCUCGGCCCUGAACCUGCUGUCCCUGCUGCGGAGCUCUGAGAACCCCACCCUGGAGGACCUGUGAGGCCUGCGGUCCCCCCCGACUGAGUUGCCCCUCCCCAGGGCCUGGGGUCUGGGGCGGGGGACUCCACUGUUGCCGCAGCCCAGCUCUGGGUCUGCGGUCUGCUCCCUGCACGGCCCAGACUCGGGAGCCCUGCUAGUGGGACGGCAGCCCCCGCCCCGCCGUGCUCAUGCCAGCGGAGCCCCGUGUCUUCAUCCACCUGCCGGGCUGCCCCACCGCCUCAGGCUUCGUUUGAACAAAGCAUCCACGGCUCAGAAAUAAGUCUGAAAACCCCUGGUCUUCUCCACCACCUCGAUUGUGCAGAUGAGGACACUGAACCCGGACAGUUAUGAGGGUCGGGCAGGGGGCUUGGACUCUGCGACCCCAUCUGACCCCACAUCCUAGCCUUGCCAUCCUCACAGAGCCCCCUGUGGCCUCAUAGACCCUUGGUUUCCCAGGUGCAUAAUGGAGAUCGUUCUACUGAGACAUUGUCGCGUUGGUUAGGACCGAAUGAAAUGACAGGCCUGCCGCUGUAGUGCUCCCUCCAUGUCAGUUCCGUGUAUCCCGUGAUCCUUUGCAGUAAGGCCUUGCCCGGUUCCAGCUAAGCGCUCGGUGAACGGUACCUAUUGUGUGAAGUCCCACAGAGCUGGGUUCAAAAGCUGGUGCAAACCCAGGAAUUACACUGUUUAUGAAUUGA